AUGAACGUCAGUGCUACUUUGAACGUGUUCAGGCUGCUCUUUAGUCCAAGUUAUUGCAUUCCUCAUCUCACAGUGUCUUCAUUUGACAAGCUUCCUAUACCUCUAGUAUUUCCGAAUCAUAAACCAAAUAUUAGAGCCAUUGUGUUGGAUAAGGAUAACUGUUUUGCUAAAGCUCAUGAUGACAAAGAAACUUGGGCUAGACUACGUAAACAAUAUCCCGAUGCUAGUCUUUUAAUCGUUAGUAACUCUGCUGGUACAAAUGAUGAUAAACACCAUGAACAAGCAAAGAUCUUGGAGGAAAGAACUGGCGUAUCAGUACUUAGACAUACAACAAAGAAACCGGGCUGUCAUACUGAAAUUAUGGAUUAUUUCAUUCAAAAUAAGAUUGUAUCAGAUCCUGAAGAAGUCGCCGUGAUUGGAGAUCGAUUAUUUACAGAUAUCUUGAUGGCAAAUAUGAUGGGAUCAUGGGGGAUUUGGAUUAGUGAAGGUGUUAUAAGGUCUGAAAGCUUAAUUUGUAAGAUUGAACGUGGUGUUCAUUCUCAAUUAACAGGAUCUAACAAACCUUUAUUACCUCCGAUUCCUAAAAUUAAGGUAUAA